UCUUUAAAAAUUUAUCAAAAGUAUCCAUUAGUUAAAUUGCAUUUAAUAUCGAUCUAUAAAGAUCCGAAAUUUCAUUGUGACAAGUUUGGGGAUCAAUUGAAGAGGGCGUGAUGAUAGUUUAUGCUAGGUAAGCGCAAAAUAAAGAGUACGUAGAACAAAUGGGCGGCUAAACUCGCCAUAGCAUGGCAUAAUGAUAACACGCUCGAAUAAUAAGGAUAGCCAACAGAGGAGACAGGGUUGGAUACGCACGCGUGGGCCUGCGUUUGGGGCCCGUCUUCCGCUUCCAUUCCGGUGAAUGUUCUGGCUUUAACUCUGGUUCAGUUCCACUACGUGCUUACAGCAUUGUACUCUGACGUCCUAGAUAUACUUGAUUUUGUGUACGAGACUGUUUUCUUUUCUUGUUUCUCAGGCAUCGUUCGCUUCCCGUGCAUGAUCCACCUAUUCUUCAAAUUAUAAUUUUCAACAACUUAAUACUCCAUUCGAUAAUUUGCUUUUAUGAAAACAUUUGAAAAGAAAAAAGUGUUUUGUGAAAGAAAAUCUAAUUUUUUUUUAAUGGAAAAUUUUAUUCAUUUAAAUUUAUGAUUGUGAUUGUGACUUAAAGAAUUUUAAAAUUUAAAAUUUUAAGAGAUCAGACAUACAAAUAAAAAUAUGGAAUAAAUAAAAUAGAUAAAAAUCAACCACCGAUGAUGGCGCUACAAGUUCUAUGCUGUCACGGAGUUUCAUUCGAAUUUCACAACAGUUCACGCACACUUCGUCUCAUAUUCUUCAACGGAGAGAUUCUCAAUGUUUGUUAUAAAUUAGAUCUAUUAUGAAUAUUAAUGUCUUCGUCAAAACUAUAAUUUUGAAUCUACAUAAUCAAUUUUUAUUGAAUAUGAUAACAUUUAAAUUUUGUGUUUUAUAUUCGAGUGUUUAAUAUUUUGUGUUUUAAAUUCCAUCACAACUGAAGUGUAGUGAAAAUAUUUUAUCGAAAGAAGAUUUAAAAAAUUUAAAUUUUAAAGUUUUCAUUGAUAAACAAAUAUUUUAAAAAGUUAAAAUCAUUAAUUAAUUAUGAAUAUGAAAGAAAUAUAAAUAUUGUUACAAAUAUAUAAAUAUUGUUACGUGUUAUGUUUUCAAAAUAUUUUAUCUUCGAUUUGUUCGGCGCCAAUUUUUUAUGCCGCUCAGAAAUCGAUUCAUCGAUCGAUUUAUAAUAUUAUUAAUAUAUCGAAUAAUUUUAUAUCAUCGAUUAUUUCAACGAAAAACCGUCACUUGUGAUACAGUUUACAACGAACUUAUUUCAACAAAAUUCAAUAAUAUUGUAUAAUAAGAAAUUCAUCUCAAAAUCGAUAAUAAAAACAAGUGUCAAAGUAUUAUCGAUAAUGAGUAUUCCAAAGGUUAUAUGUAAAUAUAUAAUAAAAUUUUUAUAAACGAAAUUCUAAAAAUUACCGAUACUUAUCUAAUCACAAUUACGAUCUUCAAAAUGAACUUCAUUUAUUUUCAAAGCAUCACUGUGAUCAUAUUUAUAAUCACUGCUCGUAUUAAUGCUGAGCAAAGAUUCGCAGAGACACCAGCGUUAUAUCAAGAAGUUUCCUCCGGUGAUGAUGUGCAAUUACGAUGCAGAGUGCAAGACAAACGAGGUCAGUGUAUUUGGCAAAAAGACCGGAAACCAGUAGGUAUGCAUCCGGAUAAAUACGAAUGGGCCAGUGGACGUGGUAGUGAUUGCACCCUCCUUAUCAGAAGAGCCUCCCUUGAUUUCGAUGACGGCUACUGGGAAUGUCAAGUUACUUCUGGCGAUUUUACACGACAGGAUGCAUUAACCUCUUUACCAUCUCGUCUUUUAGUUAGAGUAAAACCCCGAAAGCCACGGUUGGAAUACGGAGGGACAAUUUUAAAUUCCGCCCUAACUUUAAGGGAAGGUCAGGAAGUUACCAUUUCCUGUGUAUCAAGAUAUGGAAACCCACCAGCCCUUAUCAAAUGGUAUAUAGGAGGAGAUGAAAUAGAACCCUUGAGAGAACAAACGAAUGCAACGGAAGUGGACAGUCCAAAAACUUCAGCAGCCCACAGCCUUCUCCGAGUUCGUGGACAAAGGGAGAACCAUGGUCUGCCGAUUCAGUGCAUCACGAUGCAUCCAUCCAGUAUCGUUCCAGCUUCUGCGGAAACACGAUUGGAUGUGCAUUAUUCUCCUGAAGUGAGAUUAGAGACGAAGCCACAACUUCUAGUUUCAGCCCUUGAGGAUUCGGCCAGUUUUAUGAGCCUGAAAUGCUUCGCGGACGGCAAUCCCAGCGGAACGAUCAAGUGGUUCAAGGAUUCAGCUCCCAUCGCGGUAACAAGCAACAUAGUAACGUUGAUGCUAAACAGAACGCAGCAGAACGGCACGAUGACCGGCUCCGAGCUAAGAUUCGAGCCGGUCAAGAGAAACGACGCUGGUCUCUAUUCUUGCAAGGCGGUCAACAUUAUUGGUGAAAGCACCGCGGCUAACUAUAGGCUGGAUGUACAAUAUGGACCGAGGUUAAAUUCAGAGGAUCCUGUUCAUAAUAAUACCAUUAAAAAAUUCGAAGAGACUACUCUACUCGGUACAAGUUUAGAACCUUUUGAGUGUACAGACUUUGAAGCAAAUCCUCCAGCUCAGUACAGAUGGAUGCAUCUUCGCGGUGGCGUAACAGAGACCAUCGAGAAUUCAUUGCAGCCCAAAGAUGGUGGUAAACGAUUGCGUUUGGAGAAUGUAAUGUGGUCCGACGAAGGAGAAUAUCGAUGUGUGGCAUUCAACGUGAUCAACGGAGUGCGGAGAGAAAUGCCCAGCGAGGCUCGUUAUUUGCUUCACGUAACCGGACCUCCUGAGAUCCAGGCGAGGCCUUCUUCCGGUGGAAAGGGCAUUUACGAGUCGCUGGGAUGGGCUGGCGAACCGGAACAUAUUUUGAAAUCUCGUUUUUGUUCGAGACCUCCACCUAGACUCGUUGCUUGGCAAUGGGGAAGCUCGCAUAUCAGAGCUGGGGAAAGUAUUCAUCCAAAAUAUGAAGCGUUAUCGUUAGAGCAUAUCAAAGAAAACGAAAUACCAACGAAUUGCUAUUGGGCAAAAUUGGUAAUCAAAGAUCUCCAAACAGAGGAUGCUAGAAUAUAUACCUUGUUAGUAGAAAGUGAAAAAGGCAGAGAUUCCACUAAUAUCAAAUUAAUUAUUCGUGAUCCAACGGAGAUGAGAGUAAUUGCAGCAGCAGCUGCAGUAGGAUUAUUGUUUCUUCUUCUUUUAAUAUCUAUUGCUGUAUAUUCAGUGUUAAGAUUAAAAAGUAGACAAUAUCGUCAAGAAGAAGAAGAGGGUAGUAUUGCUGCAGACGCAUUUUAUAGUAAUACGCCUACGACAGACAGACAAAAAAAUAUAAACUUGUCUCAGAAUAAAGAAUACACAAGAAAAAUGAACUCGGAGGGUGGAUUGGCUGUCACAUAUGACUAUGAUCAGAUCACCAAGCAGGUGCGCGCCAUAAGUCCAGAAGCGCUAAAAGUCAGACGGGCACCAGCUGUUCUUCAACCACCAACCAUUGUGUAAUUGUUAACGUGUCCAUUGCCAUGAUGAUUAUUAAUAACUAAUAAUAUACCCCAUUUUAUUGUGAUCUGUUUGUUACAUGCCGGUUAUAUUAUGUAUAAACUUAUUCUUAUUGAAAACUUUUUUUAUUAUUUAUGAUUAAAAAUACGAAUUUUUUUUUUAGUGUAAAUUACUAAUGAUCAUUGUAAAGUUUAUUUUUUUUUAAAUCAAUGGAUGUGAUAAUUUCAUUAUAAAUAUUCAUUAUAAUACUGAAUAUUGAAAGUUUGAUUGAUUUUAAGAAAUUUUGUUUUAUUUUGUAGAAUUUAAAUUAUUUGUUGUUAUUACUGUUGCAUUUGAGAUUUACUUUAAGCUUUAUUAAGUUUAAUUUACAUAGUAAAUAAAUAUGAAAAUCUGUAAACAUAACAUCUGUAAACUUUGUACAACAUAAGUUUGGUGUACUCAAAUUACAUCUUUAGCAUUUGUGUAAUUGAUCUCUUUUUUUUAUUAUAAUAUUUUUUAUUAGAAUAAAAAAACCUUAUUUCUCUUGUAUCGAUAUUUAGUUUUGCAAUUAUAUUUUUAUGUAAAAUAGAGGUAAUGCCAAAUAAAUAUAUGUAUAUAUUAAAUUAUUAGAAAGAAAAUGUCGUUUAAUAUUAAGAAAUACUUAAUUAAUUUUAAUUUAAUUUUAAUACAUAGCAUGCGACGAAUUUUGCAUUCUAAAAUAAAAUCUGUUAAUAUAAUGUUAAUUAAUAAGAUAUAUUCAAUAUAUUCAGUGCAAUAAUGUAUUAUUGCAUCCUGUUAAUUUAAUAUAUUAUUAAUUCUAAGCAUAAUUUAAAAAAUAUUUAAUCAAUUUUGUAAUAAUAAUUAUUGGGAUUUUAAAAAUAUAAUUCAUCAAUUUAAAUUUUUUUUUAUUUAUAUAAUCUUUUUCUCGAUCUCGGUGAUAUUUUAGCGCAAAAAGUGAUGUUCUAUGUACUUAAUUAUAAUAAUUCUUACAAUCUACAUAAUACAUAUAAUUAAUCUUUAUGUAAUAUUAAAUACACUUUACACAUUGUAACAUUAUUUUACUAUAAAAAAAAUGGUAUUAUCAUUAAACUUUAAGAUGGUAUAAUUUCUUGAUUUUUUCAAAAAAUAUGUAUACAUAUUUCUAGCAUUUUAAUUAAAUUAUAAGAUCAUUGGUCCUGAACAGGCAUUUUUAAAAUAUAUAAUUAUUUGCAACUGAUAUAUUACUGAUAUUUAUAAAACUUAAACCUUACAUUAUUCACGCAAUUGCAUAUUUCUCUUCCAUACAUAUUCAACAUUCCUCUUAAAGUCAGGUACACAC